AAAUCAAACAUGUAAAUAAAGCAUCCAUUGUUGACAUUCCUCCAGUCCCCUUCGAUUCGCGUGCUAGGUUUAGGUACCGUUGAAUGCUUACUAACAAGCGUACGGUGGCAGUUUGACCACAGGAGAGCAUUCUAUCAUACAGAAACUGAUUGGGCCACUGGAUUUUGACAUUGGAUAUCGGAUACUUGAAUUGGCUACCAUGCUUUGUGCUCAAGGUGCACCCUUUCGUUGCGCUCCGCGGCAAGGUCGAUUAUGCAUUGUCCAAGCAGCUACUAAAGGUUUCGGUGCAAAGCCCAAAGCUGUACCAAAGCCAAAGAAGGACAAUCCUGCACCAGAGCCUUGCCCUUGCGACUCAGGAAAGGCGUACAAGAACUGCUGUGGGGCAGUCCAUCGCGGAGAAACGGUUGCUGCCACGCCGGAAGCGACGCUCCGUGCCCGCUUCUCCGCGUUCGUGAAGGGCGAAGCCGAUUACCUGAUUACUACGACGCACCCUGAUUACCACGUGAACCACUACCAGGUGCCCAUCCCGGGGGGAGCCGUGGAACGCCUCCGUGAGGAUGUGGCGGGCGCCUGCAACAAGUUUGCAUUCACGGGGCUGCGAGUUGUAGGCGCGGAGCCGGGAGUGAACGAGUAUGAGGGGUACGUCUCCUUUGAGUACCUUAGUCGCAAACGUUCGGCACCUGGCGCCCCGGUGACGGAGGAGGAGGUGCGGGACACGACCGCCUGGAGUCGGACCGCGGAGAGGUGCCGGUUCCUCCGCACCUCCAGUGGUACGUGGCAGUUUGUGGACUAUCAGACCGCUACCUUCGAUUCCAGCAUGCUCGGCGGCCUACAGGAGCAGCAACCAGCUGCGAUGUGAGGAUGAUAACAGCAAUAGCAGCAAUAGCGAAAUGUACGCCAGCCAAAGGCAAGGAGAGCCGUGUCGGGAAACGCCGAGAAGAUGGAGUGGGGAAGUUGGGGAGACAGCAGGGUUUUUAUUACUUCAUUGUAGCAGCCGUCUCCUUUAUGGGAUUUUGUGGGAAUGCCGCUUGGCACAACAAGGGAUGUCAGGACUUGCGUUGCGGAGCACCACUGCUAAGAGGAGGUGCUUAGUCUGUGUCUCGUGGCGGUGAUGGAGACGGCGGUCGCGGUGGCGGUAGUCGUGGUCGCUCUGUUGGCAGUAGGUUGGCGGGUGAGCACCACCGCCUGGAGCGGGCAUGCUGUGUAUGACGGCUGUGUGUAAUAGCGACGCGUCGGAAGGCGCAUUGGGAGACGUGACCGUUACAUGAAAACGCAACUGACAUGUGGCCGACGCAUGGAAAGUCGGUGGGCUGUACAGGUGGGAAAUUCAGUUGCAUUAUCGCUUAAACCUACGUGACCUGCAAAAUUUGUAUCUCUCAACCUAUGUAAUUGAGAUUGUCACGC